GCGAGAGGGACCUCGCUAGGCAGCCCGUGGCCCGCCGGGCUCCGCUCCGCGCGGCGCCGGCAGCGGCGGGGGCAAGGAGCUAGCGAGGGAGCCCGCGAGCCCGCGAGCGGAGCGGCGAGGCGGGGAGGGACGCGCUGCCGAGCCGGGGCUGGAGCGGCGGUGGCGGCGGCAGCGGCGGCGGCGGGGGAGGGAGGACCCCACGGACCGACGGAUGCACUAACGGACCGAGCGAGGGAGGGAGCGAGCGAGACUUCGCCGGCGAGGAGUCGCGCGAGCGGACGCUGCUGGGCGCUUCCCCGCGCUGCUGGGCGCUCGGCGCCUCCGCGGUCCCCGGUUCCCGGCCGCAGCUUCCCCACGCGCGCGGGGUGCAGGGCGCGGGGCCCGGGGCUUGCUUCGCCGAAGGGGUCGCUGCAUUAACUCCAAGCUGGUGGCAAAGCAUUUGAGCAGGGGCUGGCCAGAGAGCUGGAGUCACCAUGGCGGCGGGCGUGGCCGCCUGGCUGCCCUUUGCUCGGGCUGCGGCCAUUGGAUGGAUGCCGGUAGCCAACUGCCCCAUGCCCCUUGCUCCUGCCGACAAGAACAGGCGGCAGGAUGAACUGAUCGUCCUCAACGUGAGUGGGCGGAGGUUCCAGACCUGGCGGACCACGCUGGAGCGCUAUCCCGACACGCUGCUGGGCAGCACGGAGAAGGAGUUCUUCUUCAAUGAGGACACCAAGGAAUACUUCUUUGACCGGGACCCAGAAGUCUUCCGGUGCGUCCUCAACUUCUACCGCACAGGAAAGCUGCACUACCCGCGCUACGAGUGCAUCUCGGCCUACGACGAUGAGCUGGCUUUCUACGGCAUCCUCCCGGAGAUCAUCGGAGACUGCUGUUACGAGGAGUACAAGGACCGUAAGAGGGAGAACGCUGAGCGCCUCAUGGACGACAAUGACUCGGAGAACAAUCAAGAGUCCAUGCCCUCGCUCAGCUUCCGCCAGACCAUGUGGCGGGCCUUCGAGAACCCGCACACCAGCACGCUGGCCUUGGUCUUCUACUACGUGACUGGCUUCUUCAUCGCCGUGUCCGUCAUUACCAACGUGGUGGAGACAGUGCCAUGCGGCACGGUGCCCGGGAGCAAGGAGCUGCCGUGUGGAGAGCGCUACUCCGUGGCCUUCUUUUGCCUGGACACGGCCUGCGUCAUGAUCUUCACCGUGGAGUACCUGCUCCGGCUCUUCGCGGCGCCCAGCCGCUACCGCUUCAUCCGCAGCGUCAUGAGCAUCAUCGAUGUGGUGGCCAUCAUGCCCUAUUACAUCGGCUUGGUCAUGACCAACAAUGAGGACGUGUCCGGUGCCUUCGUCACGCUCCGGGUCUUCCGCGUCUUCAGGAUCUUCAAGUUCUCCCGUCACUCACAGGGCUUACGGAUCCUGGGCUACACACUGAAGAGCUGCGCCUCUGAGCUCGGCUUUCUCCUCUUCUCCCUCACCAUGGCCAUCAUCAUCUUUGCCACUGUGAUGUUUUACGCCGAGAAGGGCUCCUCUGCCAGCAAGUUCACGAGCAUCCCCGCCUCUUUCUGGUACACCAUUGUCACCAUGACCACAUUGGGGUAA